AUGAGUUGGUAUUUUCACAUACAGGAGUGCAAAGGAAAGGAUGAGGAUCCAAACACCCACAGUCAUUCAAAUUCGGUAAAUGUUCAAAUAAGUCAGAAUACGCAUGCGGAAAACUUGCACGCAUCCUGCGUCAAGGAAUUUCAAACAUUGAUAGAGGAUAUUAAAUCAAUCCACAAAGACUCCCAGUACAAUGAAAAAACUUGUUCAAUAUUUUUGCAUCGAAUCGAAGCUAUCAUACAAGCCGACAGGAAACGUAUUACUUCAUCACCCUUGGAUCGGGAUUAUUUGCAUUCGUUUUCUCAGCUUUGCGUAGAAUUUGGAGAAAUAAGAGACUUUCUUCGAGACAUUUCGCAACUCAAAAGUUAUUAUAAGUUUAAAAGCCCCAGGGAGGUUAAAAUGAAAUCCUUGGAAUUCCUAAGUGAUCUUGAUAAGACUUGUCGAGGCUCGCACCUCGACGUUACAUUCUCGUUAGAUCGUAGAAGUGAGAUGGCGUAUCUCGAAGAGGACGAAAAAACCAUGAUUAAGUUCUUACAGUUGAUUGAGGACGAGACAGAAAAUAGCAUUAAGUCGGGUACUAUUUUCAUCGAAAUCUCAAUAAUACGUGAAAAAAUAUACAGGAAUGAGCGAUUAGAUGUAUCGCAGAUACCGGCAACUCACUUGACACAUCCAUCCCUGAGAAAAUCGUCAGAUUUACGAGGAAAAGUUUUCAAGAGAAUAUUGAGCUCGUCAAUACCUGUAGCAUGCAAACCUUUGGCUUCUAAUGAUGAGAUUUCCAUUAAAGGACAAUUGGCAAUUCUGAGUCUUAUGAAUACAUCAAAAAAUAUAAUCAAAUUUCAUGGAAUUUCUAUAUAUAAAAAUAGUAGAAUUGUUGUGCAUGAUUGGGCGGAGCACGGGAAAUUAAGUGAAUUAUAUAAAACGAAACAUCUAGACUGGACGUCUAAAAUCAGAUUGGCACGUGAUGUAUGCAAAGGUUUGGUAUUCUUACAUGCGUGCGACAUACUACAUCAAGAUAUCCGCUGUGAAAAUAUUUUGAUCACCGAAAAAGAUUAUUAUGAAGCAAAAAUUACAAAUAUUCGUGGAUUAUCUGCAUCAGGUGUAAAUACGAUGUCUUUUGAUAGUGCGCUGUGUUGGAUGGCUCCAGAAAAGAUGCAGGAGACUAGAAUACGACCAGUCGAAUACGAUUUCAAGUGCGACGUAUUUAGAGUUGUCGAACCUAAACGUCCAUAUAAUACAUUUGAUAGUUUUGGUAUGUUACUUUGGGAAAUUUCCUUUCAAAAAAUUCCUUAUGAGGGUAUGGAAUUAGAUGAAGUCAGGAAUCAUGUAUUGUCGGAACGUCGGGAAACGCUGUUUUUUGCUAGAACAGAAAUUGUCGGUGACUUCCGUCGCGUAAUCGAAUCAUGCUGGAAACACGAUCCAAAAGAUCGUCCGUGGAUAAAAAACGUGUUCAUAAAUUUAUCUAGAUUGGUCGAUAAAUCUUCAAGGUCUGUGUUACAAUUAAAAGAUGGUCUGAGAGCGCAUAAAGUCGGAGAAUACGAAAAGGCUUGGAAGUGCUUUGAAAUGCAUGCCGAACUUGGAGAUCUGACGGCCAAAGUUUGGAAAGGAUAUUAUCUAUUCGAAGGGCAUUACGUUCCCCGGGAUCAAUCGGAGGCAGUCAAAAUCUACAAAGAGGCCGCGGAUGCCGGAAAUGCUGAAGGUCAACUUCGCUAUGCGUUUUUCCAACAUUCUCAAAAGAACAAUCAGGAAUUUGUGAAAUAUUUAAAAAUGUCUGCGAAAAAUAAUAAUUCCAAGGCACAAUUUUUCAUGAGCGAGAUUUACAUGGAAGGAAAGAUGGGUGUUGAAAAAGAUGAGAAUAAGGGGUUACACUAUCUAAGACUGGCCGCGAAAAACAAUUAUGAAAAGGCUAUUAAAGCACUUCAAAGAUACUCUUGA